CGGCGCUACCUCGAGCCCGGGGAGGAGGCUGCGGCGGCAGAGGCGGCGGCGGCGCGCAUGCUCGGGGCGCAGCAGCAGCGGCGGGCAGUGCCCGGGGCGGGGCCCCGGCGGCGACGAGACUAACUGCCAAUGAUGUGAAACAUGGCCUCGUUGAGGAUGAUUUCAUCUGCGAAAGACAGACUCUUCUUUCCCAAAAGGAAAACACAAGCAAAAUAGAUGACCAAAGGAAUGAUGCUGACCCCGGUCUUUACAUGUCGUCGUAGUGUGCAUUUUGGGCCAGUUAAGAUGAGCAGGUUGUGUUUUAUGAACCUGUCCUGAGAUAUGCCUUGGAGCAGUUCUUUCCUAAAUACUCUCCAGCUGGGUCCACUUGACUCUUGUCGUGCUUUUAUCUUUUUAAGACAUCACCCACAAGGCCCUGUCAUCUGAGUAAGGCCCUGCUUUUUAUGAUGUAAUCUUUUUAGAGCCUCUGCAUUUCAUGGGCUUUGUAAGAAGAUUGAUAAGCUGCCUUGAUGUGGAAGUCACAGCUUCAAGAAAGACCUUAACUUGGAAUCUCCAAAGAGAGAGGAUAUUGGGCUAGCCGAUCAGACUGUUGUGAUUUCAGGUGGACCAUUCACGGAGUAGCCAUUGCGUCUUUGGAGGUAGUGUCGAGAAAAGACUGCUCAUCUUCGACACAUACAAAUUAAUCGGAACAUGGCAUGGGUGAAGUUCUUACGGAAACCUGGGGGCAACCUGGGAAAAGUUUAUCAGCCUGGAAGUAUGUUAUCGCUAGCCCCUACCAAGGGCUUAUUAAAUGAACCAGGACAAAACAGUUGCUUUCUAAACAGUGCCGUACAGGUUUUAUGGCAAUUGGAUAUAUUCCGCCGGAGUUUACGCAUUCUGUCUGGACACAUUUGUCAGGGAGAUGCCUGCAUAUUUUGUGCUUUAAAGACAAUAUUUGCACAGUUUCAGCACAGUCGAGAGAAAGCGCUUCCCUCCGAUAAUAUCAGGCAUGCCUUGGCAGAGAGUUUCAGAGAUGAGCAGCGGUUUCAGCUUGGCUUUAUGGACGACGCUGCUGAGUGCUUUGAAAAUAUCCUUGAGAAGAUUCAUUUUCAUAUUGUGCCAAGUAGUGACUCAGACAUGUGUACCUCAAAGUCUUGCAUCCCUCAUCAGAAGUUUGCCAUGACUCUCUAUGAGCAGUGUGUGUGCCGGACCUGUGGAGCGUCCUCGGAUCCUCUGCCCUUUACAGAGUUUGUUCGGUAUAUUUCAACAACAGCCCUUUGUAAUGAGGUGGAAAAAAUGAUUGAAAGACAUGAACGUCUGAAGCCUGAAAUGUUUGCAGAAUUGCUGCAAGCUGCAAAUACCACUGAUGACUUUAGGAAAUGUCCUAGUAACUGUGGCCAAAAAAUAAAAAUCCGACGUGUUCUAAUGAAUUGCCCCGAGAUUGUUACAAUUGGCUUGGUUUGGGAUUCUGAGCAUUCUGACCUGACUGAGGAGGUUGUUCGAAGUCUAGCAACACACCUUUACCUUCCUGGGUUGUUUUAUAGGGUAACUGAUGAAAAUGCCAAGACUAGUGAGCUUCAUCUUGUUGGCAUGAUCUGCUACACCAGUCGACAUUACUGUGCCUUUGCUUUUCAUACCAAGAGUUCCAAGUGGGUGUUUUUUGAUGAUGCCAAUGUGAAAGAGGUUGGGACUAAAUGGAAAGACGUGGUCUCCAAGUGCACGAGAUGCCAUUUUCAGCCCCUGCUUCUGUUUUAUGCAAACCCGGAUGGUUCAGCUGUGUCCACCGAAGAUGCUCUUAGGCACGUCGUUCACUGGUCCCAUUAUAAAACUGCUGCGGAUGAUGACAUGGGUUUUGAACGGCAUUCUACUCAUAGACCAGAGUGUACCAAAGAAGAUGGGUAUGGUCAUCAGGCGAAGCACAGAAUCAAUCAGAAACUGCACGUCGAUGACACCACAGCUUUGACUCGUGGCCCUGCCCUAGCAAGUGGUGGGAAAGGACCAGUUAAACUUGGCCACAGUGACCAGAGGGAGAAGCUCAGGGACAUUUCCAGAGAAUGUGCCCAAAGGGUCAUUGAGCAGAAAAAUUUCCUUUCCUCCCAGAGAAGAGAUUUGGAGAGGGAACAGAGGAGAGAGCCUGGGAGACACCGAGAUUUGUCCAGUGAGGACCCAUCUCGCCUCAGAUCUGGAGCAGCCCUCACUGCAUCAGCAAAUGGAUUUCGGCAGCACGGCAGCCAGCCUGGAUGCUCGAGUCAAGGGAGAGGGCCUUCCCGACAUGAGCGAGGUGUGCCCCAGGGCCGCACCUCCACACAAGUGCCAAGCUCAGUCAAACCCCAGAUGCUUGUGUCGGGAGAAAAGGUAACCGGCAAAGGCAGGAGUGAUGGCGCCACUGGAUAUGACACAGACAGCAGCCAAGACUCUCGGGACAGGGGCAGCACCUGCAGUGGCAGCAGCAGCGGCCGCAGUCGGGCCCGAAGCUGGAAACCAAUGAGAGAGACACUAAAUGUUGACAGCGUUUUCAGUGAGGCCGAGAAGAGACAUGCAGCUCCAAGGCACAAAGCAAACAGCAAAUCCAAACACAGCCAAGAUCAGAGAGGUAGCAACUGGCCCAAGGAGACAUCCAAGCAGAAGGGUCUGAUGACCAUAUAUGAAGAUGAAGGAAAGCAGGAGACUGGAAGCAGGAGUUCCCUCGAAUCUACUGGGAAAGGCUCCGAGAAAGGGAAAGGCCUCGUGGAGACCAAGGCCGUCAGCGAUGUCGGGCAGAUCCAAAGGACCGAGUCAGGGUAUGAAAGCAGUGAUCGGGUCAGCAAUGGGUCAGCCAGCUUGGACUCCCCGCCCCUGGAAGGGAAUGGCACAGCAAACCCCAACAGUGUGAGAGAAACACGGCCUGGCAGUAACCACAGUCAAUCAAGUAAACUGAAUGUAGACAGUUUGCAGCAGCAUAACUCCCGACAGUGCAGAGACCAUCUGGAAGAUUUAAGAGAAAACAUCAAGAUUUCAGAAGUGGCCUGUGGACCCCCUGGUUUCCAUCUACAAGUAGAUAAUCCUUUACUGAAGAGAUCUUACAUCCAUGAUGCCAGUGAGAAGUUUUUGUCCUCAUCUAAUCCACAGAUAUUCAAGGACCAUGAUACAAGAGAACAAAUCCCCCAACCAAAUGAAAAGCAGCUUGAAAAUUCAAAUGAAUGCCAUUUUCCUGAAAGGCCUGAAAAAAAUGGUCCGAUUUCGCUCAGUGCUAGGGGAUCUGUCCCCUCUCACAUCUCUGAUCACUCUGCCUCAGCAAAGUUAGUUGACAGUGAUGAUGGACUUCCCUCAUCCCAGUUGUUGACACGGGUGAAAGUGGCCGAGUCCUUUGCCCAGCAGAAUCUGGGGGAAUCAUGCAGCUUGGCUAAGCAGGCUGCUGUCAGUCCCUCUGCCAACUGUGGGGUGCUAGAACCUGCCACCUGUCAGAAUCUUCCACCUCCUCUGCCUCCAAAGAAGUAUUCGAAAGCCAUGACAGUGUCACGGUCAGAGAAGAAAGAGUCCAGCCCUGAGCGGGAGCCCUCUGGGAGGAGUAAAGCUAAGCCUCUGAACCUCCAGAAGCACGCCAUCAGUGCCCCUUCCCAGGUCGGGGCAGAAACGAGACUGAAAGAACCAGGCCAAGGGAAAGACCUUGCUGAACACAAGCCCAGGACCCGCUCCAGCCCCUCCACUGACUUUCAGACCCCUCUGGAUGCUGUUAAUAAAGGCAUUCCUCAGACAGAACCGUGGCCCAGUGUGUCACAGCCACAUGGGAUAGUUUCCCUAACCACCUACUUUUCUGUCGACAGCUGUAUGACGGAUACUUACAGGUUGAAAUACCGCCAAAGACCUAAACUGUAUUUUCCAGAGAGCAGCGACAUACAUGGAAACAAGCCUCUAUGCCAGACUGAACCAAGGCUGAAAGCUGUGUUCCAUGAAGACCUGGAACCAGCCAACGUAUAGGCCAG